AUGAGUCCCCAAUGGAUACCUCAGAAUAUCCAAAAACGUCUCCUUCUAUAUCUUCUCCAGCAAAUAUCACUUUUUUCUGAGAUUGAUCUACCCAACCUUGAAGAAGUUUCCUUAAACACAGUGGUCCUAAGGGAUAUAUCCAUAGAUCCUGAAAAAGUAGGUAAGUUGCCCGGCUGCAAUUUACGACAUGGUCUAGUGGGCACACUUGAAUUAAGCGCGCUGACAGCUGGAGGAGGCGUUGGAGGGUUGGGUGGUGGUGUCACUUUAGAUGCCAAAGAUGUGGAGAUUGUAGUAUCGCCUGAUUUUGAUAUUGAGGAAGAUAUAGCGAGUCAUGUCCAGUUCCUGUUGGCACAAAGCACUGCGGAUUUAGCCAACACGAUUAUGUUGGAUGAACUAGAACAUGAAGAGGACAAGCAAGAAAGUGACCAGGAAAAUAAGGAUAACAGUGAUGCGAAAAGCAGGUCUAAUUCAAUAUCAUCUGGUUCUAACAAGCAAUCAACAUUGGGUGGAGUUGUCCAACGGGCGGUUGAGAUUGCACUCCUGAGAAUUUCUGUCAAAGUUACCAAUAUGCAUAUAAAGAUUGUUUCGGAGUUGACCGACUUAUUACUUGAAGUAGAUCAAGUAUCGUUCAGCACUAUCAAUGGAAUUAGGAAUGUACAAGUUUCAGGCGUACGAUUGAAAGUCUUGAAACCACAUGUGAACCCUGGAGAACUGGCAACCGCUAAUCAGUCUGUUCCAAACCAAGAAGAAAAGGAAGAUGAAGUUGAAAAUGAAAAUGAUAAUGAUAACGAUUAUGGUGAAGAAUCAUUGAUGGAUAGUAUGGUUUUCACGCACGAAGAUGCUAGUACCAUGUAUAUGAGUGCUACUUCCAAAUCAUUUGAAAAAUCAAAUAUGUCAACCAAUCCAGAGGAAAUAGAUAAUAAAGCUGAAGCUGAAGCUGCCAAUGACUCCCCACCAAUUGUAUUUCACAUGGACCAUUUCACGGCUGAAUUUGAGGGGUUGUCAGUUAUUUCUAACUUGGAAGUAUUGGUGGGCAGUAUGACUUUGGCUUUUACUCCAUUGACCCCAACCAUAAUAUCAAUAUUCCAAGGCAUAACUAGAAGUUUAAAGAUCAAGCAUUACCAGAACAGAAGAAAGAAUAAGAUGAAAUCUACUCCCAAGUAUGAUGAUGAUGAUGAAGAUAGCGAUGACGAGGAAGACACUGACAAGCAAUCUAGUGAGAAAAUGACCGAUGAACCAUUCUUUAGAAGACUUAAGAUUAAUGACUUUGUAAUAAGCACUUCUUCGGCAUUACGAGAAGAUGGCGAAUUUGAAAGUCCUAAUGGAAUAAAUAUUGUCCUUCAUAAUAUCAAUAUCAAACAAAAGAACGAGCUUUUAUUGUACGGAGGCGUGGAAGUAUUCAAGAUUAUCAGAAAGAGUAAUGGAGAAAUCUUUGAUGUAUUUUAUUUUGAAUCUCCAGUUAAGUUGGAAACUAGUUCUACCAACAUAGCUCGACCUGGGACACCAGUAAGUAUAUCAUCAAAUGCUUCCACAAAUACCUCCAACCCACCACCAAAGGCUGAUAUUAGGUUUGAAGUUUUCAAAAAAGCUGAUGAAAAGCUGAUUAGUCUCGAGACAACCUUCCUUUGUGCAAAAACAGGCCAUUUCCAAUUUGACCUUCAAAGUUUACUAAUCCUUUCAAACUUUGCAGUGGCUCUAACUACCAUACAUGAUGAGUUUAAUAUAUUAAAGACCACAAUUGAUAAUAUCAAUCUUCAGAAUAAGAGUACAGCAUCUAGAGAAUCCAGAAAUGCUGAACCAAAGUCCAAAGAUCAGUUGAUUAUUCAAACAGCGUCAAUAUUUAUAACCACUACUAUUGAUGCAGAGUUGAAAUUACAAUUGAUUAUAUUUCCAAUAAAGUACAAUCUAUUACAAGAUCAAUUAACAAUUUCCAAAAUUUUGUUGAAUACUAUUAGUGAAGAUAAUACAUUCAAAGAAGCCAUUGUUACCUUGAAUGAAAUAUCAUUAAUCACGAAAAUCCAUGAGUUUAAAGCCUAUCUCCACCCAAGCUCCUCUCCUAGUAACAGCAAUGCCUUGCCUAGAUCGGCUUCUAUGAGUUCGAAUCUAACACUCUUGAUUCAAAAGGUUAGUUGUACGAUUCCAUUGAAAGAUUUAAAAUUCAUUGGAGAAAGAGUUUCUAGUUUUAUUACAAGAUUUGGAGAAUUAUCAUCAGUUCAAUCGAACUCCUUGCAGAAUUCUGUUUUAGAUGAGAAACCGACAGGUAGUAAUGAGAAUGGAAAAUUGGAAAAUUCACUUUUCAUGGGUGCUUCAUUGUACUCUAAAAGGGGGAUUUCUAAACGAAUCGGGCCAGGUUUUGGAAAUUCCGGUGCUAAUGGGAUGAGCCCUGCAUUUUUGCACACGAACCGAAUCAACCUUGCCAAGUUCUGCGUGACCAUUAAAGAAAUAGAUGUGAACUUAACUCAGAUUCUUCCAAAGUUUGGAGAUUUGAAUGUAAAGAUAAUUGAUGUUUCGUUAUAUCAGUUUAAACAUGACCUACUUGGCUAUAUCUAUUAUUUAAAAGUGAUAAGGAAGGAUGACAAGGGUGGAUAUGAUAAUUUUGUUUAUCAAUACAUGGAUAACCCCAUUGAUCAAUUUGAAUUUCCUGUGAUUCUAUUACGAGCCAAGAAGUCAGGAGAAAAGUCCAGCACAAUUGAAAUUACCAUUCGUAAUCUCCUCGUUGAAUAUUACACAAAGUGGUUAACUCUUUUGAAUGAUGAAUCGUUUAUUGAUACAGUUGAAGAAGAAAUUAUUGAAAAGGUAACUCCCAACACGAAAUCAUCCACACUGAUGAAGUUUGAUAUUAGGUAUACCUUGUAUGAUUGUGUGGUUGGUCUUUCCCCUGGAAGAUUGAAUUGUAAAGCCUAUAUAUUUGUGGAGAAAGGCAAUUCUGAUUUUGCAGUGGGAGUUAACCAGUUCUAUAUCAAAUGCUCGUUCCGGAAUAUUUCGGGGUUUUUGAUUGAUGAUAUCAAGAAUGAGGCUAAAGCUGAACCUAAAAAAGAGAAGGGAUUGAAAUUUCCACUAUCAUAUGUAUCUCCCGUAGAUCAUUAUUUAUCCCUUGGGUAUAUCCAGUUUGGGAGAGUUAAUUUAGCACAUGUGGGUAUUACAUUUAAUACUGACAUUGAAGAAAUUAAGACUCGCAAUGAACGACUUGGAAUUCAUGACAAUGUAUCCCUUGUGGAUGUCAAGAUCAAUUCGGAUGAGCACCAAGUUGACUUGUGUGCUGACUCCACCAAUGUCAUACUUCAGUUGAUUAACGAUUUGAAACUCCCGCUUGAUUUCACUGAUAAAGAUAGAAUGAAGGUUGAACUUGGAAAAGAGGUUAACUUGACUGAGGGGUUAGAUAAUACAUAUUUCUCGGAUUUGGAUGGUUCUUUGUCUAAGUUGAGUAUUCAUGAUGAAAUCAAUGACGAAGACUCACAAGCAACUUCAAGCUUGGUUUUUGAAGAAGAUCAUUUUGAAAAGAACACGGCAGGCUCAUUGUCAGGCUAUAUUGUGAAUCCUGUGAAGGUCAAUGUAAAUCUUUCAAAGACAAGGAUAUUUCUUCAUGAUGGAUAUGAUUGGAAGGAUACAAGGAAAGCAAUCCGGGCAAGCUUAAAACGUUUUGAAACUCGGGUUAAGGAGGGUAACAAGAAGACGAAAAAAAAUGAUAGUCCAGAUGUAAAGGGUUCUAAAUCACCACCCGUUGUUAAAUUCGAUGUUAAGGAUAGCAUUUCCGAAGAAGAUGAAAGUGUGUAUGAAGAAACCUUAUUUCAGUCCAUACAUGUUGCAUAUCCGCGUCGAGCCAAACCUUCUGAUGUGGCCGAGGCAAUAAAUAGUACCAUUAUGCCCCAAGAGGAAAUCGGUCCUGAAGAACAAAAGAAAGUUGAAGCUAAUUCGGUUGGGAAAAAUUACAAGAAUUUGAGAUUAAGAAGAUCUACUGCCCACAAGGUUUAUGUUGAUUUAAAGAAUAUUGAGGUAAAUGUUGAUGUUUUCUCUACCAGGGAUCCCAGACUAGACAAAACUGAUCCAAAUAUGACCCAUGAAAUGUUGAGUUCUAUAGAAGUUAGAUUGGGAACUGUGGAUGUCUAUGACAAUGUUCCUUCUUCCACCUGGAAUAAAUUCUUGACUUAUAUGAAUAGUCUUGGGGAAAGAGAGAUAGGUACUAGUAUGGUACGUAUCUCAAUUCUGAAUGUUAGACCAGAUCCAUAUAUGGUCUCUAGUGAAAUGAUUAUGCAUAUUUCAGCACUUCCAUUAAGGUUACAUGUUGAUCAAGACACGCUUGAUUUCUUGGUCCGUUUCCUUGAAUUUAAAGACAAGAGGUUUGAUUUACCUGUGGAUGAGAUUCCAUAUAUUCAACGUUUUCUGAUAAAUCCUCUCAAAGUGAAGCUUGAUUAUAAACCCAAGAAAGUAGAUUAUGUUGGUCUUCGUUCAGGAAAACAUGCUGAAUUGGCUAAUUUUUUCAUAUUAGAUGGGUCAUCAAUUACUUUAUCUAAGGUGAAAUUGUAUGGACUACUUGGAAUGCCAAAGGUUGGAUUAGGGUUAGCUAAAGCUUAUCAACCUGUAUUUCAACUGAGUCAGGUUCUAGGAAUAAUCUCCGGGUUAGCACCCUUAAGAUCAGCGGUUAACAUCGGUUCUGGAUUUAAGGAUUUGAUUGCUAUACCCAUAGCUGAAUAUAAGAAGGAUGGAAGGGUGUGGAGAAGUCUCCAAAAAGGAACCCAAUCCUUUGCCAAGACUACUGGUUAUGAGUUGUUAAAUUUGGGUGUAAAAUUAGCUCUGGGAACGCAAGUUUUGUUGGAACAAGGGGAAGAAAUGUUAGGUGGGGAAGGAAAUGCGGCAAGAAUACCAACUAGAAGAAGAAAGAGUAGUGUUUCAGAGGAUGAAUCUUUUGGGGAUUAUGAUCAUGUGGAAGAGUACAAGGCUGCGCCUAAGAAUCUACUUCUUAGUUCAGAAAUUUUGAGUCAUCGUGCUAAUCGCGUGAAUAAGGAUCAUCAUCUCGACAGUAGAAAGCUUUAUUCAUAUCUUGAUUUAGAUGAAGAAGAUGAAGAACAUGGAAUUGAUAAGGAACUAUUAAGUAAAUCGAUCUUUUUAUUGGCUCCUUCAGAAAACCCAAAGAAGAAGAAAUCUAAAUCCAAGAAGAAAUUUGAAGACGAUUUAAUACUGGAAUAUGAUGAGCUUAACUGUGAACCAGAUGAAGAAGAGGAAGCUGAAGAAUAUGAUGUAUAUGCUUAUGAUGACGCAGAUGAAGAGGAUUUAGAAGAGAAAUUGGUUAGUUUGUAUUCAAAUCAGCCAGAAAACAUUCAGCAAGGGCUUAAAUUGGCGUAUAAAUCGAUCGGGCGCAAUUUGAAAGUCACUAGAAAUCAAUUGAUAACUUUGAAGAACCAAUUGAAUGAAUCUGACUCAUUUCAGGAGUCGGUUGCUUCUGUAAUUCGGAACUCGCCUAUUAUUUUGAUAAGACCAAUGAUUGGUACAACAGAAGCAUUAUCAAAGGCUUUGAUGGGGAUUAGUAACAAGAUUGAUUCCAAGCAUAUUAUCGAAAAUAAGGAUAAGUAUAGGUCGAGUCAGGACCAUGGUGAUGAUGAUUAUAGCUUAAACGAGUGAUGGCCCAAAAUGUAUUUUAGUUACAGAGUAGUCAAGUUAUAGAAUAUAGUUUAAUGUUAAUAACGAUUUAAUAAUC